AUACAUAAUAAUCAAGAAAUAAUAUUUGAGCAUGCCAGUUUUUCUAUUGUAAAGUUAAAUUAUAAAAUAUAUUCCAAAUAUUUGUAUGAAGUUGACAACGGUAAUUCAAUAACAUUAUUCGUUAGGAUCAUUUUAUAUUUUUCGUUUUUUUAUCUACUUAGUUUAUUAUACUGGUACAUAUUGCAAUUUGUAGUUCAUCGAAAUUUGAAACGAACAACAUUGGAGUGCGCGUAAUACCGAUAACUUCUUUGAAAAGAUGCCGGACACUGUAGAUGAACCAAAAAGCGAAAUACAGCAAUUUUUUAGUGGUACCAACGUUUUCUUAACUGGCGCCACGGGUAUUGUAGGUCACGUAUUAGUUGAAAAACUUCUUAGGUGAGUCAAUUUUUAUAAUCAUUUGUUGUUUCCUAUCUGUUAACAAAUUUUUAGCAAGAAUCAAUUUGCUUCAAUCAAAAAAUUAUAGGAGUCUUGGUAAUAUUAUGAAUGUAGUGUUUGUAUUGAGUCGGUAGUUUUUUAAUUUCCAUAAUGGUUUUUAAAAAUGUACAAUUUCACGUAUUGUCGUGACGUAAUUUUCUAUUUUUUUUUUUAUCUUAGUUUUUCUUUACGAAUGUAAAGCGUAAUGUAAUAGUUUUUAAUUGUCCGCUUUAUUUUAAAUUUCAAAGGAAAUUGCAAAAAUACUGAAUUUUUGCGUACUAUUUUUCAAAUUAUGUAAACAUAAAUUUUUGGCCGAGACAGAAUAAUUGUGAAUUUAAAGCGAGGUUCAAAAGUAAAUAUAGAAAAAUGAGGUAAUUUUUUUUAAACAAGUAUUUAUCCGUUCAAUGUUAGACGAAAAUUAAAAUAAUCACGAACUUCCAACAAAUAACCAACCGAAUUUUUAUCUGUACGCAAUGAUAAACAUUUAACUAAAUUUAUGUAUCCUAACUUCCCGACAUCCUGUUCUAAAUAUAUCAGAGGAUAAAACUUCAAAACACAUAAUUAUACAUUUAUAGUUUAUAUUGGAUUCGAUUUAUAAUUUAUUGAAACAAUAAUUAUAAUUUAUUAAUUUUUAGAAAAUGUUAUAAAAACAAACUUUACCUUUUGAUCAGACCGAAGAAAAACAAAGACCCCCAGAAUCGAUUGAACGAAAUGUUUAGCGAUUCGGUUAGUCACCCGAAUUUUACAAUACUUAUUUUAAAAUAAUAACAAUAAAAAUAAUAUUGUCUUAAUAAUUAGCUGUUCAAACGACUGGCGGAAAACCAACCGAAUUUCACUAAAAAAGUGGUAGUUGUUUCGAAAAUAUGGCUCUACGGCGAACGAGCGAUAUUUAAUACUCCAUUGUGAUAUUAUACUUAACUUUCUGUUACGUACUAUACAAUGAGAAGUUCGGCAAUAUUGUGCGACGCCCCCUUCCAAAGUUACGCUUAUCUCGAACGUGGUAGUUUUUGCUCCGGCACUCUGUAAAACCAUUCAGCUACGACAAACAUACAUUAUGUAAGACAAUAUUUAAUUAUACUAUUAUGACAUAUGUUUUUAUGCAGUUAAAGUUUUUGUUUUAAUUCAUGUAUUUUAUUUCAAAAAAAACUGAAAUUUCAAACAGAAAUGAUAGUGUACAUAAAUUAUUUUGUCACUCCCUAGCGUUAUGUAUCACUCGCUAUAAUAUUAAUUUUUUUAAAAAACCAAUAUAAUUCAAUAACUAAGACUAUAAGAGUGUGCCUGUUUCAAGAGAUUUUCAUUUUAGGGAUGUUAUAAUAGUUAAUAAAUUUAAGAAUUCGACUUCUAUUUCCGAUGAUAUUCGAUGUCCAAAUGUAACAAAAUUCGGAGAAGUUCAAAUUUCGAGUCUCUAUGAAUAUUUUUAAUAUAAUAUUACAACAAAUAAAAAAAUUGAAAAAAAAAAUAAUAGCAUUAUUUUCAUAAAUUUCCCAUUUUUUUGCGGUUUGUCCUCGUUUUUUCCAGAUAUUAUAAAAACCGCUUGGAUAUUAAAAAAUAACCUUCAAAAAGUACCAUCUGGACAACAUUCCCCUUCAGAUAUAAUAACGAGCGUAUAAAUCAGAGCAAGAUUUCUGGUAGAAUUAUCGUACAAAUUAUAAAAAAAAAAAAAUAAAUUAGAUUACACAUUAUUUAAAUCAAUAUAUUCAUCACUACACUCAGAAUCUAAAUUAAGCUAAUAUUUUUAAUAAGAAUAUAAUUUGUAUUUUAAUUAUAUUUACAGGUAAAACUAAUUUAUCAGAUUAGUAAUGAUUUUUACUACCCAUGGCCCACGAAUUAUGUUCAUAAUAU